CACUUGCUCAAGGAAAAGAAAGUUGGCUAUAAAAUCACUUCAUUAUUUGCUUGUACCGCAGCUCCGGGGCUAAUCCCUCCGGAGGUCAGCCUGCUUAGCGCUCCCUCUCUCCCUCCCUCCCUCCCUCCCUCCCUCCCUCCUCCGCUUGCAGGUCGCAUUUUGGACAUCCCCUGCAAAGUGUGCGGGGACCGCAGCUCCGGGAAGCACUACGGGGUGUACGCCUGCGAUGGGUGCUCGGGGUUCUUCAAGCGGAGCAUCAGGAGGAAUAGGACCUAUGUGUGCAAAUCGGGGAACCAGGGGGGCUGCCCGGUGGACAAGACGCACAGGAACCAGUGCCGGGCCUGCCGGCUGAAGAAGUGCUUGGAAGUCAACAUGAACAAAGACGCCGUGCAGCACGAGCGGGGUCCCCGGACGUCAACGAUACGGAAGCAGGUGGCCCUCUACUUCCGCGGGCACAAGGAGGAGAGCGGCGGCGCCCCGCAUUUCCCUGCCACCGCCCUUCCAGCACCUGCCUUCUUCACCGCCGUCUCCCAGCUGGAGCCCCACAGCCUGGAGCUGGCCGCCGUCGCCAGCACACCCGAGAGGCAGGCCCUGGUGGGCCUGGCGCAGCCCACCCCGAAGUAUCCACACGAAGUCAAUGGCACCCCCAUGUAUCUCUACGAAGUGGCCACCGAAUCCGUCUGUGAGUCAGCAGCCAGACUUCUGUUCAUGAGCAUCAAGUGGGCCAAGAGUGUCCCAGCCUUCUCCACCUUGUCCUUACAAGACCAGGUAAGGCACCUGUAGAUGGAGUGGCAUCAGUUGGGCCUGCCUGAUACAGAAGGCUCAGAGCACAGGUUGGGUCCUGAACCUUCAAUUACUUGUGGUUCAACAUUUUCUUCCAUAAAAUGGGAGACAAUAUCUUAUUUUCUCAAUGAGAUGUGCUCAGUUAAGCACACAGACCAGGACAUGAGUGAGGUGAUUUCUGAAGAUCAUUCC